AUGAAGCAGAGAUUCUCGUCAAUAGACGUCAAAAUAAUAUGCCAAGAGCUCAGCACUUCUAUCAUAGGCCUGCGAGUCUCGAACAUAUAUGACCUCUCAUCGCGCAUCUUCCUCUUCAAGCUCGCCAAACCAGACCAUCGCAAACAACUCAUAAUAGACUCUGGAUUCCGCUGCCAUCUAACCGAAUACUCGCGAACCACCGCAAGCACGCCUUCCGGCUUCGUGAGCCGAUUGCGCAAAUGUCUCAAGACGAGACGGGUUACAUCGGUACAACAGUUGGGUACAGACAGAGUUAUUGAUAUUGUUUUCAGUGAUGGCCUUUUCCAUAUAUACCUUGAGUUUUUUGCCGGGGGCAAUAUCAUCCUGACGGAUGCGGAGAAUAAGAUUUUGGCGCUGUUUCGGACUGUUGCUGCGGCCGGAGAGCAGGAUGAGGUUAAAAUUGGGUUGACUUAUGCGGUUGAAAAGGCUCAGUAUUAUCAUGGAAUACCGCCGUUAUCAGAAGAGAGGUUGAGAACUACGAUUCAGAAAGUUGCGGAUGCGGAUCAGCAAUCGGCAGGAAGUGCGCAGAAGAAGUCGAAGAAGAAGGUUGAUGUGUUCAGGAAAGCUAUUUCGAGUGGAUUUCCAGAGUUCCCACCGCUUCUUCUAGAAGAUGCUUUUGCUGCCACGGGAUUUGACUCGAGUGUCACGUUGAAGCAAGUCCUAGAAGAUGAGAGCACUUUCCAAAAGGCCAUGAACGUCCUUCGAGAAGCCCAAAAGAUCAUUGCAGGUCUAUCUGAAGGGGAAAAGAAGGGCUAUAUUGUAGCGAAAGAGCGAGCCAAAAAGGAAGAUCAACAGGUCGACUCAACUUCAAAGGAAAAUCUACUGUUUGAAGAUUUUCAUCCGUUUCGGCCUCGCCAGUUUGAAGGAAAGCCUGGUUACCACAUCCUCGAAUAUGACAGCUUCAACAAAACAGUCGACGAAUACUUCUCUUCGAUUGAGUCCCAAAAACUCGAGUCUCGAUUAGCCGAACAUGAAGAGACUGCAAAGAGGAAGCUAGAAACAGCUAGGGCUGAUCACCAGAACCGAGCAGGCGCAUUGAAACAGGCUCAGGAACUACAUAUCCGCAAAGCAGAAGCUAUCCAGGCCAAUAUUUAUCGUGUACAGGAAGCUACUGAUGCGGUCAAUGGACUUAUUGCGCAAGGAAUGGACUGGGUGGAAAUUGCCCGAUUGAUAGAAAUGGAACAACAGAGAAACAACCCUGUUGCUCAGACUAUCAAACUGCCAUUGAAGCUCUAUGAGAACACUAUCACAUUACUACUGAGCGAAGAGAAUACAGAAGUCGAAGAAGAGCAGGAAGAAUUUUCAGAAUCAGAGCCGGAAGUAUCGGAAGACAGCGACUCUGAAAAUGAAAUUGAGAAGGACGAGGGACCGAAACAGAAGAUUGCCGAGCCUCUCGCUAUUGAUAUUGAUCUGAGCUUAUCACCAUGGUCGAAUGCAACUCAAUACUACGAACAAAAGAGGACAGCCGCUGUAAAGGAACAGAAAACGAUACAGUCGUCUGAAAAAGCACUAAAAAGCCAGGAGAAGAAAGUCACAGAAGACCUGAAAAAACAUCUCAAGCAGGAAAAGCAGGUGCUGCGACCAUCCAGGAAACCAUUCUGGUUUGAGAAAUAUCUUUAUUUCAUCUCAUCUGAGGGCUACCUCGUUCUCGGCGGCCGUGACUCACAUCAAGUAGAAAUACUGUACCAACGAUAUUUAAAGAAGGGCGAUGUAUUUGUGCAUGCUGACUUGGAAGGAGCUACCCCUAUGAUCGUGAAGAACAAAGAGGGUACCCCAGACGCCCCUAUCCCACCUGGCACAUUGACUCAGGCUGGUAGUAUUUCGGUUGCUACGUCAAAGGCUUGGGAAACAAAGGCAUUGAUGCCUUCUUGGUGGGUGCAUGCGCAUCAGGUAUCGAGGACAAAUGAAAGGGGGGAGCUUCUAGCCAAUGGAGCUUUUAUGGUCAAGGGUGAGAAAAAUUACCUAGCACCUGGUCAGCCUAUACUAGGAUUUGCUGUUUUGUUUCAGAUCAGCAAGGAGAGUGUUCAGAAUCAUAGGAAACAUCGUAUUGAAGAGUCGGCUGGUCCUGAAUCAACAGAAACAGUCCCCUCGGAAGAGACAGGAGUUUCGACUGCGCAAGACGAUAUCCCGGAUGUCAAAGAAAUUGUCAAAGAGGAGGUCCCAGAUGUCCCUGAAGAUGUAGUUGCACAACCAGAGACAAGUGCACAGGUUGAGGAAGAAGAUUCGUCUUCAGACAGUGAGAGAGAAGCUGAAGACGAAAAACCGAAAUCGAAUCCCCUUCAAUCCUCCAUCGAAACUGAAGACAGAUCGGUAGACACUCAAGCAGAACCAGAAGACGAUGCAGAAGCAAAUGGUGAAGACAAUUUCAAAGACGAGAUCGAUGAGACAUCUACCAUCAACCAAGACGAAACCCCCCAGCUAAAACCCAAUGUCCCACCAUCCAAACAAACACCAGCAACAACAAAACAAAAAACUGCCCGCGGCAAAAAAGCCAAAGCCAAAAAAGCCGCCCAAAAAUAUGCGCAGCAAGACGAAGAAGACCGGGAACUCGCCCUCCGACUCCUCGGCGCAAACACCAAAGCCAUCAAAGCAGCCGAAUCAGCCGCCGAAGCCAAAGCGAAGCGCGAAGCAGAACUCGAAGCCCAAAAGCAACGUCGUCGCGCACAACAUGAACGAGCAGCCGAAGCCGAGCGCAAACGACAAGAACAGUUUCUCCAAAAACGUCGUGAAGCAGCUGCUGAAGUAGAUGGAGAAAAGGAAGCAUAUAACGACGAGACCGUCAAGCAGGAAGCGGAAGAUCUUUCCUGGCUCCCAGCCCUGAUCGGUACGCCUUUACCUGAAGAUGAAGUCCUCGCCGCUAUCCCUGUGGCCGCACCCUGGUCUGUCGUCGCUCGAUUCAAGUAUCGCGCCAAAUUGCAAGCUGGAAACAUCAAAAAGGGUAAAGCUAUCAAGGAGAUACUGAGUCAUUGGAUUAUUGAAGCCGGCGGUGCUCCUGGCGCCGGUACUGGAGCCAGUAGCGCAGGCAACAAAAUCGCUAAAAAAGUUAUUGCAGAUGAUGUUGCGGAAGGGUUGGAUCGGGCUACGGCAGAAAGGAUGCGUGCUCGAGAAGCGGAUUUGCUGAAGGGGUGGCGUGAUGUGGAGGUUAUGAAUACUUUGCCUGUUGGGAAGGUGAGGAUUGUUUCUAGUGGUGUUGCUAGUGGUGCCGGUGGUGGUGGUGGUGGUGGUGGAAGUGGGAAAGGUGAUAAAGGAGGUGGGAAGGGGAAAGGGGGUGGUGCACAGAAAGGAGGCAAAGGGGGAAAGAAGAAGUGA